AUGAGCUCCAGCGCCCAAAAACUCCAUUUCUGUUGGAGGGUCACUUCCAUUUUUGUUCUGCUACUUAGCUCAAGUUUGGCUCUAAACUCAGAUGGGGUUCUCUUGCUUUCUUUCAAAUACUCAAUCCUCAGCGACCCUCUCUCUGUCCUUGAAAGCUGGAACUACAAUGAUGAAACGCCAUGCUCUUGGAAUGGAGUGACAUGUACACAAAUGGGAAACCCAGGAACACCAGACAUGUUCAGAGUCACCAGCUUGGUCCUCCCCAACAGCCAGCUUCUGGGUUCGAUUGCAUCAGAAUUGGGUUCGAUCGAACAUCUUCACAGCCUUGAUCUUUCCAACAAUUUCUUCAAUGGGUCCCUGCCUUUGACCCUCUUCAAUGCCUCAGAGCUUCAGGUGCUUUCUCUCUCUAACAAUGUCAUCUCUGGUGACUUGCCUGAUGAGUUGGUUUCAGGUCUCAAAAGCCUCCAGUUUCUCAAUGUUUCUGAUAAUGCUUUGGCUGGCAAAGUCCCUGAAAAUCUCACUUCUUUGCAAAACCUCACUGUUGUCUCUCUGAGAAGUAAUUACUUUUCUGGUAAUCUCCCAACUGGGUUCAAUUCAGUUGAGGUUUUAGAUCUGUCUUCAAAUCUGCUCAAUGGGACUCUGCCUUUGGAUUUUGGUGGAGACAACUUGCGCUAUUUGAACCUCUCCUACAACAAAAUCUCAGGAAAAAUACCAGUUGAAUUUGUAAAGAGGGUUUCAGAGAACUCAACCAUUGAUCUCUCCUUCAACAAUUUGAGUGGACCAAUUCCAGACUCACAAGCUCUACUCACCCAGAAAACAGAGCUGUUUGCAGGAAACAGUGAACUUUGUGGCAAGCCAUUGAAGAGCCUUUGUCCAAUUCCUUCUACUCUCUCCACACCACCCAACACUUCUUCUUCUUCUCCAGCCAUUGCAGCCAUUCCAAGAACAUUUGACACAACCCCAGUAUCAAACACACCCGGUGGACCAAAUGGUACUCAGAACCAGCCACAGAGUGGCCUCAAACCCAGCACCAUCGCCGCCAUUGCUGUCGGAGACUUGGCCGGAAUAGCCAUCAUUGGAUUGGUCAUUCUCUAUGUCUACCAAGUCAGGAAGAGAAAACUUCUCAACACAACAAGCAGCAGUGCCACAGAGCUAGAAAAGAAACCAGAAAUCUUCUCAAAAGAAGACAUAGAUCAGAAAGUGGGUGGUGGUGUGCAGAGUCAAAAAGGGGAGCAGUCUCAGAAAGGCGGUGUCUUGGUAACCAUAGAUGGGGAUCGAGCAGAGCUUGAGCUUGAGACAUUGCUCAAAGCAUCAGCUUAUGUAUUGGGAGCCAGUGGCCCAAGCAUUGUGUACAAGGCCGUGCUUGAAGACAAGACUGAGCUUGCUGUGAGGAGAAUUGGAGAGAGUGGGGUGGUGAAGAUGAGAGAUUUUGAGAGCCAAGUGAGGGCCAUUGCGAAGCUCAAACACCCCAAUUUGGUCAGGGUUCGUGGGUUUUACUGGGGAGACGAUGAGAAGCUUGUGAUCUAUGACUAUGUCUCCAAUGGCAGCCUUGCCAGCACCACUAACAGAAGAGCAGGGUCGUCACCAUGUCAUCUACCUCUUGAAACUCGGCUGAGGAUAGCGAGAGGGGUUGCUAGGGGGCUGGCUUACAUCCAUGAGAAGAAACAUGUGCAUGGGAAUAUCAAACCAAGCAACAUUCUUUUGAAUUCUGAUAUGGAGCCCAUAAUUAGUGAUUUUGGCCUUGAUAAGCUGGUAUUAGGAAACAUGGGUAGUCACAAAGCUAGCGGUUCUUCCAGGGGUUACUUUGGAAGCCUAAAAUCAACUGCGGCUCGAGAAGGAAUGCAUGAUGUGCUCCCAAUUGGGGGCAGCCCUGCCGCCGCUAUGUCAUCCUCCGGGGGUGCAUCGUCGCCUUAUCAAGCGCCAGAGUGUCUAAAGAACUUGAAGCCAAACCCUAAGUGGGAUGUGUACUCUUUUGGUAUAGUCUUGCUUGAGCUUCUCACGGGAAGGAUACUUUCGGAACGAGAAUUAGUGGCACAAUGGACCCCCUGUUCGUUGACUGAAGAGAAAAUUCGGGCUUUAAUCAUGGUUGACGUGGCGAUUAGGACUGAGGUUGAGGGCAGGGAAGAUGCCUUGCUGGCUUGUUUGAAAUUAGGGUUUAAUUGUGCUAGUUUUGCUCCGCAAAAGAGACCGACCAUGAAAGAAGUCCUCCAAGUCCUAGACAAAAGUACUAGUCCUCCUUCCACUCCUUCAAACUAA